AUGAGGUAUUCAUACGUUUUCUCUGCCGUUGCGGCCUUCGCCGUGGUCGGAGCUCAAGACAUCGACUUCGCUGGAGUUGAUGCUACGCCUGACCCAGUCAUCAACAUUAUUCCCGGCUUGAAGGAACAAGCAGUUCCUUUCGAAGUAACUGAGGCUAUUGCGGAUGUCGUCUCCGAGGUCGUCGCUGAUCCUCUCGAUGUCAAGCCUGUGUCUGAGCCUUCGGCCGUACCGGAGGUCAAGAAGCAUUUGAGGCGUGGAGCCUGCGACCCUGAGCCCAGCAACCCCAACACUUACGGCUUCGACCUGUCGUCUGCUAGCAAGUUCCGCGCCGACUCCAAAAUUGCCUCUGUAGCGAAGGGUGCUUCCACCCCUUCUGGAUACUUCAACACCUUCACCAACCUGCAAGGUGCCAGCAGUGCCUACGGGUACCUUGGCUACAAGGUAGUCGAGACCUACGACCCCUCUCACUGCGCAUCUGAGUGUAACUCCAAGGAUGGGUGUCUCGGUUUCAACAUCUAUGUUGAGCGCGACCCUUCGGCAAACCCAGGACCUGAAUGCCGAGACCCCGAAGCUGUGGCCAACAUCAAGUGCUCGUUCUGGGGCGGGCCAGUCUACACCGACACUGCCAACAACAACGGACAGUGGCGAGAACAGUUUGAAGUCGCCAUCGCUGGAAGCAACGGCUACUCGUCUCUUACAACACAGUCUGCCGAAGGCUACAAGCAAGUCGAGCUGAAGAACAGUGCGAUUAACUCGCCUCUCGACUGCAACAAGCAAGGCUCCUACAUGGGCUACAAGCUCUUUGUCCAGCCCGCCUUCGACGCUAAGCUCUGCGCAACUGCCUGCAAGGAGCAGAACAAGUGGGCAACUGAACACCCACCCGCCGAUGGCAAGCCGCAGUUGUGCCGCUACUUCAACACCUACAUUCUGCUCAAGAACGGUGUCUCGCAGGGUCAAUAUUGCUCCAUGUACACUCAGGAGUGGGAUGCUUCUUUCGCGACGAACGAUGGCCAAUACCGCGGCGAUGAUCACUACACUAUCCAGUACAGCUUUGGGUUCACUGAUGAGAGUGAUGAUGGUGUACCUGUAUGCCCCAGCGACAUUUCAUACCUCAAGUCAAGCGGCGAUGAGUUCUGCAGCAGCUACAUUGGCUACUCCCAGCCGACUACAACUGCAACCGCCAUCGCUACCAUCACACCAGCUCCACAGACUGCCACAAUCACAAGGACGGUAACAAGCACCUCCACCUCUGGAGUUGCGAUCGUCACUGCAGCGAAGUUCAACGGAAGACACGCUAGACGUGCGGAUAACGGCACCGAGGUGACCAACGACGUCGUUGUUGACCCUUACGAGAUCGCCAUUGUGGACGUUAAGACUCUGUCGCAUGAGGAUGACGCAAGCAUGCCGAAACUCAACGACACCAUGGCAGCAGAGCUCAACAGGGGAGUUGAGAGGCGUGGCCUCGCAACACCAGCGUCUAUCGCAGCCUGGCCUACCAGCAAAAUCUCCGCGGCUUGCUCUCAGGUCGCUACCGGUAUUUCUACAACGACCCAAACCAUCACCACAACUGCCGCGACCCCCUUGGCGACCGAGACCAAGAAUUUCCAAACGGUGGUCGUCGUCCAAAGCACUUGCACCAUCCCCGCACCCCGACCAACAGCCCCUUCUUACACUAGAAUCGCUGGUGGCAACCCAUCGGAAGGUGUGCCCAUGGUGCCCGGACCCGCCGACCGUGCCUAUUACGGCGACCAGUUUACCUUGAACUUGCCUUUCGCGGUCAAGAUCUUCCAGACCUCCUCGACGCAGAUUACCAUCAGUGUCAGGGGCCGAAUCACAGUAGGAGAAUACACGUUCAAUGCCUUCGCCGAUGAACUUUACAUCUACGGAGGUUGGAACCAAGGUCUCUUCUACCGUGUCGACGGUGACAUGGGCUCUCGCAAGAUCCACUUCUCGUGGUUCACAGGCACCAACAUGUGGGGACAUGAGCGCUUCCACAUCACCGCCACUUUCGACGAGGCUAAGCCUGGUAUUAUGUCCAGCAAGAUCUAUGACACUUGGGGCCAGGUUACCCCCAGGCGUACCAUCUCUGUUGAGGGUGCCGGCAAGAAUGUUGUAUUCGCUGAGUACGGAUCGACCAAUGUUCAUGAAGGCCAGGAGAUUACUUUCGAUACUACUGGCGCCGGUAGCGUCUCGGCCAAGGACUUUGAUCGCGUCGAAUGCUGCAAGAAGACUGGGUGGGAGUGGCAUGUGUGCUCUGAGGUCUAA